UCUGUGCGCACUGUUUCUUUACAUUCGCUACAAGGCCACAAAGUUGUGAUCAAUUUGUCUGAGAAAGUUUGCGAUCAUGUCGAAUUUUAGGUACACAGGCCACGGAUUUUCUCUCAAGGCACUGUUGGAGGAUCCGGAUUUACAAAAUCCAACAAAUCUUCAAACAGUUGGCCCUAGUUCGAAGAAGGCCGGCAAGAACACUGGAAAUGUGCACAGCUACAACUCUGCCUUCCUGGCGUCGGGCCUGUGGGACAAGAGUCGUAACCAUGGCAGCGACGCAUUUGACCUGGAGUACAUGGAUCUGGAUGAAUUCUUGUCAGAGAAUGGCAUUCCUGUGUCUCUUGAGGACCACGACGACUCAGAGGCAAUCAAUCUGUUGGCAUCCGCGCUCGGUAGCUCCCCACCCAGUUCUCCCAAGCAGAGCCCAGCAAGUCCUCACAGUCCACCUCAUGGUUUGAACACAAGCUCCAAGUCCCAGAGGAUGAACCUGAUGACUUCGAUGAGCCCCAAGAGAGAACUGUCGCCCCUGUACAUGCCCAUGAGCCCUGAUGGCAUGCGCAUUGUCUCCCCCAACAGCUUGAGCCCAGUCAUGUCCCCAGCCAGACAGGAGCAGCCCACAUCGGCCAUUGAGCGAUGUCUCCUUGAUGACAAUUUUGGCAUCAAAAAUACAUUACCAUGGAAACCGCAAGUGACUGUUGUCAAGAAGACAGCUACACCCGCAAAGCCCCAGUACAAGCCUGAAGAGUUGUCAAUGACAACCAUUCCAGUCUACAUGCAGAGAAGUCCAGUACCGAACUACUCUGCAAGUAUUUCCCCUCGUUCGACCAAAACUUGGUCUCAGAGCUCUAAACGCUCAUACAGUGACGAUGAUGAUGAUGAUGAUAGUGAUAGCGACAAUGAUGAUGAGAUCGUAACGCAGAACAAUGUCCCAGGGCAGGAAAACUUUGACCCCACCAGCCACAAAUUCACAGACGAAGACCUGAAGCCACAGCCUAUCAUCAAGAAGUCACGAAAGGUGUUUGUGGAUGAUUCUGCCAAAGAUGACAAAUACUGGCACCGAAGGAAGAAGAAUAAUGUGGCAGCAAAGAGGUCCCGAGAUGCACGACGGGUAAAGGAAAAUCAGAUUGCCAUGCGCGCUGCAUUUCUGGAAAAACAAAAUGACACCCUUCGUGAGAAAUACGAGGAAAUCAUGAAGGAAAACCAGGCCCUCAUUGAGAGACUCUCUAAAUACGAAAAUGUAUAAAUCAUUUGAGAAGCAAUCAGAACUGAAGUCCUUGCUUAUCAGAAAUAAUAUAUUUUUAUUGAUUUCAACAAGUCUUCAAUGCGUACAGUUAGAUCUGUAAGAACGUUAUGUUGUGCUUGUAAAUAGCUUACUGAAAUAUUGAAAUUAAGAUUUUAUAUUCAGCAAGGACAUUGUUGUGGAUUUUGAUCACAUGAUAAGUUGGAAUCGUUUGAUCGUUGUUGUAUUCCAGUUAUUGCAGCUCAUGUAAUGUGAUUUGGUUCGCUGUUGUUAUGGUGAUGUUGUUAUGAUCACUACUAUAAGUGCCACAUCAUUAUAAAAUGGGUGGUAUGCCAUAUGGGAACGUAUAGCUCCAUAAGAGCCAGCUAAUAGACCAUGCUCUGUGAAAAGGGGGUUUAAUGCAUGUUCGUAAAGUUUCAUCCCAGAUAAGCCAGUGCAGUCUGCACAGGCUUAUCAGGGACAACACUCUCUUCUUUUAUUGUAAUUUUCAUUUAAGGUAAAACCCUUCUUUACUUAAUUCCAGUUUUGGCAGUGAGUGUAGUCCCUGAUGAGCCUGUGCGGAUUGCACAGGCUAAUUUGGAACGACACUUAACGCACAUGCAUCAAAGCCCUGUAGCACAGAGCCAGGCUGUUAUGGAUUCAGUCUGGUCAAGAGCUAUGUUGAUGAGCUGAUGAGACCUCAGAACCUUUCAUGACUUUAAAGCAGACAGCAUAGCUCAUUACCAGACUGCGCGUUUGCGGAAGCUGGUUUGGAGCUACAAUAGCCCCAUUUGUCUUAAGACCCAUUUUCGCAUGAUGAGCAUCAUAUCAUUUUUGUACAUAGACAGUAGUUUUAAUGGAGUGUAUUGUGUGGACAUUCAGUUCACCAAUAAUUUCAUUAACUCAUUUAGAGCAUUGAUAUUACAGUUAUGUACAUUUGAUGAUUUUACAAACAAUUUGUUUAGAACUAUACUUUAAAAUCUGUCACUCAGGUACAGUUUGUUAUUCAUCUAGUGUUAUUUAUGUUUCCUAUUACUCUUUCGUCCAAUGUUCAGAUUUACCAUGAUAAUUUUGUCACCCAUUGCACUAUAAACAUCAACAAUUCAAACUCAUUGGCACAUUAACAUUACACGUUCACAUGUUGUUCAAGGAAAUAUUUAAAUGUGUUUACUACAACAGUUAACAAAUGUUAAAAAGCUAUAAAAGCAGUAUUGUUGAUUAUUUAUGUAUUAUUGCAGUUAUUAGAAUAGUUUAAGAUGUUUAUUUUAAUAUACACAAAUGUCCAACCUGUGCACUUAAAGUAAGAGAUUUUCAACUUAUGAUAAGAUUUCCCUUAAGCUUCUUCUGGAAACUGGCCCUGGUGUUGCACAUGUUUAAACCCAUUUAAGCCUAGUGGACUCUCCCAUCCUUCUAAAUUGGAUCAAUUUAUUUCCAAAAUUAGGGAUGUCUAGUAUAUUUAUUUCUAUAUUUAGAAUAUUUCUUACAGAAAUUCCUUUAAGCAAACAGCGCAGACCCUGAUAAGACGCCGCAUCAGGUUCUUCGCUGUUUGCCAAGGCCUUUUUUCUAGAAGCUAGGCAUAAAUGGGUUAAUGUCUUGGGUUCUUGACAAAAAUAUGUUUCAGUGCAAGAUGGACUCUGAUUUGUUUAUAUCCUCUAAAUAGGGUAUCCUUUUCAUUGCCAAUAUAACAUCUUACAUUUCAUCUCGGUAAUAAACAUUAUUUUAGCAUAUCGAGUAUCUCAUGAAUUUCCCACAUGUGUGAAUAACAUGAUGCUUUUUACCCUAUAGAAUAGCAACAUAUGAGAUAUUUGUUGAAACAAACUAAAUACGCAUGAACCCCCCCCCAUAAAAUAUGUAUUGGCUUUCAGUGGUUUGCACAUUAAGUCUGACGUAUUGGUGAACAAUAUUGAAUGUCAAUAUGAUGUUGAAAUGUGUGACAUUGUGGGCAAUUGACCUCUGACCUUUGAUAAAUGUGAUAAUUAUGUUGUGAGCCACAUCGUGCGAAAAUGGGUUUACUCAAAUGAGGCCACAAAGUCUGGUAAGGAGCUACCUUAUAAAGUAACACAACGAAGCAUAGUCCGGAUACCAGACAUUAUGACUCCGCAUCAAACGAAGCAUUGUCCGGAUACCAGACAUUGUGACUCGGCAUCAAAGUAUAUGAGCAUUGCUCUGUGAAAAGGGGGUUGAAUUAAUAUGCGUUAAGUUUCGUCCCAGAUUAGCUUGUGCGGAUUAGGGAUGAAAAUUUCUGCCUAAAUUGGAUUUCGCUAAGAAGAGAUUUCCUUUAAACAAAAAAUUACAUAAAAGCGGAAAGUGUCUCCCCUGAUUAAUCAGUGCUGACUGCACAGGCUUAUGUGGGAAAACACUACGCAAAUGCAUAUAGCCCCUUUCCACACAGCAUGGCUCAUUUGUUUGCUGAGAAAUAUCUGGAGCAUACUGUACAGAUAUGUCUUAAGGCUCAUUUUCGCAUGCUGCAGCUCCUGUGAUGUACUGUUUGGAAGGCAGGCUGUAUAGUUAUAGUUAUGAUAGUUAUCUUGUUAAUCAUGUAAUGAUAUUUGUUUUAAAAGUUAAAAAAAUAAAAAAAAUAAAAAAUGUACGUUCUCCCUCAAUUGUGUAACAAUAAAAUUGUUUAGAUAUAAUACACAUAAAUGUUCAUAUUUAAAAUGCACAUGUUUUGAUAUCAUACAAAUAAAUGUUCAUAUUUAAAAUGAACAUUAAGCGCUUUUUUCACUGAUUGAAUCAAAUUUAAUUGUCGAGACUGAGCUUAACUGCAAUUGUUACACAAAAGAGGAAAACAUUGUAGUUUACCUGGAGGGAGCACGUAUUGUAAAUACAUUUCUUAUUUGAUGUUGCAAUGAUUUUGUAUAAAUAUCUUGUUAAUCUGAUGUACAAGUGAAUUAUAUAAAAUGUUGGUUAAAUUGUUACUGGUACCUUGUCAUAUUUUGGCAAAUCUUCAGGUAAAUGUAUCCAUUAAAUACUUACUUGCGUAUUAUAAGAUAAUUAUACAGGUGGUCCUAUUUAUAUGUGCCUAUUAAUACAACACUGAAACAAGGUGGUUUAAAUAACAGUACAAAGUGGUCAUUUUUUUUAUAAAUUUCAUUUGCUUUAUAAUGGCAUAUUUAUGGACAUUUUAGUGUUAACUCUAUUGUAUUUACUUGGGUUGCUGAGUAAAAUUGUGAACUUUUAUGAUCUCAAAAAUGCAGAAGUUCCAGUGAUACAUUUUCAGCUUUUUAAGUUCUUUCUUAUUUUAAUCUUGAAGUUUGACAGUAUGUAAAUAAUAAUAAUUUAUUAAUUAUCAGAAUAUAGGAUGCACUUUAUUGGGUCAUCAUUUUAUUUUUAUUUUGUGGAUGUUUUUCAAACAUUAAUGUAGAAGCUAAGGUUUAUUUUUGGUCCAGGGCAUUUUUUUGAAGAUCAAUAUGAGUAAAAAUAAAAGAUGAAAUCCGAAUGAAUUAGAUUUUUUUUCUAUAUUCAAAUUAAUAUUCAUUUUGGUUUGUUGGCAACUACUUUUGUUAUCUUUUGCUUGAAUUUGAAUGAAAUGAUUUGAUGGUCCACCAUUUCAACUCCUCAUAUAUAUGGCUGCAGAGGCCUAUACUAAACUAGUCUGCUCUAACUUGGGCCAAGGCCAAUAUAUCACAAUGAGGCACAUGCAGUAUGUUCUAAUUGCUGUUGAUAGAUAUUACUGCAUUUAAUUGUGUUGUUUUUUAUAAGCGAUAAGUUCAAAGGUGCCAGUUAAAUACAUUUGUUAACUGUGUUUAUAUCAUGUUAAAAUCACUUUGUUAUAUAUGAAAUGUUAUAAAAUAUAUAUGCCCUUUGCUCUGGGAAAAUGGGGCUUAAUGCAUGUGCAUAAAGUUUCUUAGAUAAGCCUACAGGCUGGACUGCACAGGCUUAUCAGGGACAACACUCGCUUUAAUUGUAUUUUCUCUUAAGCAAAAAUUCAGUCAGGUGGAAAUGUUGUCCCUGAUAAGCCUGUGCAGGCUUAACAGGCUGACCUGGAAGGACUCUUUAUACUCAUGCAUUAAGCCCCAUUUUCCCAUAGGGCACUUUAUAUUUUAAUGAAGUGGCUAUGGGCUACAUAGCUAUUGUUAAUCGGUCACUUGCAACAGAGUUGGGAUGUGGCGGGAUCCAUAUAUAAGUUUGAUUACUAUACUCAUUCAUCUAUGUAUUUCAUCUUUUUGAAGUUCUUUAUUUACAUGAUAAAGUGUAUUAUAAAACAAAAAUAAGGUGUUAAGAAAUGUUAGUUUAAAAUUUACAAGAAACACUUAUGCCUUGUUUAUAUAUAGUCAUUAAACAUGGAAUCAGUA